AUGGCGCAGACGACGGGCUCAGCUCAUCCCUUCUUCCUCGACCACCAUCUCCACAUGCCCACCGACGACGAGCCUCCCCGCACCGACGACAAGAACGACGCCAAGGACUCCCCACAGGUACACACCGACCACACCAACGCCUCCGCCAAGUCCCCCCACACCUCCUCCUCGUCCAGCGCUUCCACCCCCAAUAUCCCCACCGCAGGCCCGACAGCAUCCCUCCAGUCAAUCCUCACAGCAUCCAAGCCAGACACAAGGAACGGCCAAGCGCCGUGGCCGCCCCAUGUUGCAGACCAUCCGGCGCCCGUGGGGGCUAUCGCACAGCAGCCGUCGUCGAGCAAGCGCAAGCUGGAGGAUGCCGAGUCUGAUGACCCGCACACCAAAAUACGGCGCAUCGUCCGCGACCACGUCCUCCAGGACCCAUCGCGCGUCAUGCCGAUGACCACCGUUAUUUGCCUCCACGCCGCGGUCGCUCAGAAGUCGUAUGGCAGUGAAAAGCGCUUCCUAUGCCCGCCUCCAGUCGUCCAUAUUGAGGGCCCCGUAUGGCAUAUGCGCACGCAGCAGCUUGCGAUGGCUGUCGUGUCGGAGAGUGGAGACAGGUCCUUUGAACAGAAAGCACCUUUAGAUAACAAUAUGACGGCGAGCUUCAAGUUCUUGCACGUCACUGGCACCGCGAAGGCGAAGAGCUUCCAGCUUUCCCUUGAUAUCGCAGAGCCUCCUCCUCCUGCCCUAACUCCCGAAGGCGGAGAACCACCUAGCGGCAGAGUGUGGGCCUCUUUUGAUUCCGCCCCUGUUACGAUUAUCUCUAAGCCAUCCAAGAAAACCGCGAAGACGCGUAACAUCUCGUCAUGCAUCCUUGCAGGCGGCCCGGUGUCUCUUUUCAACCGCAUCAACUCGCAGACUGUGCGAACCAAGUACAUGACGAUCGACCAUGCUCAGCUUUGCGCGAGCAAUGUCGCGUGGUCGGCGUUCAAUGUCAAUGUUGUCCGCAGACCAGGUCCAGGGGCUGGCUCCACCGUCGUGACUGGACCCCAGCCAGUGACUUAUGGAUGUGAGAUCGUCUUGUCGGACACGCACUCUGGCAUUUCAACGUCACCCCUCGUGAUACGCAAGGUUGACAAGGGCAAAGUCACCCACGAUGAAGGGGGUCCUGUCAGCCAGAUGCAGAAAAUAGCUCUGCAACGCGUCAAUCCUGAUGGUUCUAGACAUUACCUGUCAGCUGCGGGCCCUAUGCCAGGAACUCCUGGCGUCGUAGCGCCGCCUGCCCCAGGAAUGUCUUCCCAAGCUGGAACCCAUCCUCUGCUUUUCCAGUCGCCACGCGUUCGCGAAGAGAUCAAAGACGGGUUCCGCAUUGUUUGUGAUGAAGUUGAUGACUAUCUAUGUUGGACCAUUGUCGGAAUCUCCAAAUUCCAGUACACCUUUUUUGAUGCCUUUGGCCAAAAUAACAAUAUACCAGAGCUACCCAUUACCCCCUUCCCUACGUUGUUUACAGCGCCAGUGUAUCGACCUGCCAACAAUACUGUCGAGCUGACAGUGUCCAAUUUCUUCUAUGAUCACCCUACCACAAGGCAACAAACGCCUCUUGAUGUCUAUCUUGGCAAUCUUGGUCCCCUUCGUCUCCGAGUCUAUCAAGCUGCCCCGCCUGGCCCAUUGACAAAUAUAAGCCCGUUCAUGGCUAGUGCUCCGGGCGGUCAAGUCAUGGAUGGCCGCGAAGCAGCCCCUGGGUCGCCUAAUCCUCAAAGAUAUAUCCCGUCACCCUUGCACACCAUCGUCAUCGUUGAGAUGCCACCCCUGGCUGACGUCGUCAAAGCCCUCGAGGAUGAUGCCCUUCCCACCCCCAUCAACCCGCCCGACGGCAAGGGACAAGCGUCGGAAGCCUCAACAUCAGAGGGAACAUCAGAGACCCCAGGCCCACCACCCGCACCUUCUAUGGCUUCCAUCGCUGGACGAAGUCUUCCUCUAUUAUUUAUUCGCGCCUCCGAUGGAGUUGGGUAUCAUUCUGGACGUACUAUAGCUUGUGAGAACGUUUUCCAGGGGAUGGAUUUGGGAGGUAUUGCGGCCAAUCAGGCGAAUGGAUCGGCUGGCAAUAUCGAUACGGGUUGGAUUGCAGCUGCCCAGGCGGCGGCUGUCGCCGACGGCGGGAUGCAUGGGUGGACGCUAAGAGUCAUGUAA